AUGUCGGCUUUGCUGGGCCAUCCGAGAGCUGUCAGCGCUCCAGAUGUGUCUCAAGCCGAAAUCGAUACUUUUCAUGCGCAACACUUCUCUACUGCAGCAACUCAGCUCUUCGUUAGCGACUUCCUCCAGCCGCAGUCAAACUGGGUUGAAGACGAGUACCGCGACGGGUACCAUGAAGAGUAUGAGGACUAUGACGAGGAAGAAGACGAGCUUGGCUACUAUCCCGAUGGCGUCAAACGCACAUUGACCGAUGAGCAGGUCGCCAUCUUCCGUCACUCUGAGCUCGAGACACUGCGGCGCGAAGAAGAAAGGGCGGGCACACGAUGCAACAGAACGCCACCCAAAAUGCACGACGUGGAUGGAGCGAUUUCGAACGCCGAAGAUGUCACCAGCCUGCUCGCUCCGGCUCCAGCUCCAGCUCCAGCCCCAGAGUCUCUUGAGGAAUGUGAAGAUGGCGAAAUCGAGUCUGACACGCCGCAGCAUAGCACUUCAGCACCUUCUAGAAAGAAGAAGAAGAAGAACAACAGGAAGUCCAAGAAGAACAGACAAUCUGCAGGUAUGAAUUCCGACCAUCCUCAGAAGGGCGAGCAAGGAUGGUUCAAGAAGGCCGUCAAGCCAGACCUACGAAAGAGAACCUGGGAUGUUGUCGAGACUGGUAUGGACAGCCUCGACUACGAUGGACUCGAAUCGAAUGCGGGCAACGGAUCGGGACAGGCUGCGCAGAGACGCAAGAUAUCUUACGAUGACUGA